AUGCCCUGUCCCACCUCAGUCACAGAUUUGCGGCGUUUCCUUGACCUAACCACAUACCUAGGCAAAUUUAUUCUCCAUCUCUCACAAAUCACAGAUGGUUUACGUCGAAUUGCCAAGCAGGAGCCACUUGUGGUCAACGCGGAGUUGAAGAACACCUACGACGCAGCAAAGAGGAGUAUUGCAACAGCCUUGCAAAAGCUCGUAUAUUUCCGACCCUCCAACUUGGUCCCAACGGCUAUUAGUAGCGAUGCUUUACCACAAGGACUGGGGGCGAUGUUUUGCCAGAAAGAUGACAGUGGUCAAUGGACCCCGGUGUCAUGCGCUAGUCGGUCAUUGACAGCAGCGGAAACCCGUUCUUUUCAGUUGGAAAUGGAAAUGCUCGGAGUUGUAUUUGCAAUCACACGCUUCCGUCAAUUUGUACUGGGACGACACAUACAGGCCUUUACCGAUUAUAAACCGGUGGUCAACAUCGUGUGCAAGCCAUUCGAUGACAUACCACCUCGGCUUCAGGACGCAUUAUCUAGGGCCCCACUGGUGGACCAACACCCGUCGCCCGAGGAAUGCCGAUCCAUGCGCGAAUAUGUGAAUAUGGUUUUAGAAGAAGCACCAGUGGCUAUCGACAAAAUACAAAGAGCAUCCGAGGAUGAUCUUCUCAUCGGCAGUCUCAAGAAGAGAGUCAUUACCGCGUCCUGGAGAGACCUCAGCCCACAAGAAGAAUCAUACUUCCUAAUGCGUGUGCAACUGACAGCAAUUGACGGUGUCUUACUGUUUGAUAGUCGCUAUGUUCUUUCCGAGAAUCUCAGACAACCGGUACUAAGACUAGCCCAUGAGGGUCACUCAGGCCGAGACGCUUUCUUAGACACGCCGAGGACAAGACUCUGGUGGCCCAGGCUGACCAAAGAGGUGACUGCCUUCGCAGAACAGUGUGGAGUGUGCUGGCGGAGGCGUUCUAAUCAAGAACAAGACUUGCAGCCGUCCAAAGUUGAAAGUGACUGGAAUAUACUGGCGAUUGACCUCGUGUCAAUAAAAGGACAUUCGUGCUUGUCGAUCAUUGACUACGGCUCUCGCUACCCUGAAGUGAUCCCCCUGGGCUCAACAAUAGCCACAGCAGUGAUCGACAAACUUAUGGAGGUGUUCGCGAGGUUUGGGCUCCCAUCAGUCCUAGUGACUGACAAUGGACCUCAGUUCACAGCGGCAAAGAUGGAACAAUUUCUCAAGCAGUUGAAUCUUCGCCACGUUCAUUCAAGCCCGCGGUACCCAAGAUCCAAUGAGAUGGUCGAGAGGCUCCACUGUGUUUUGCGGAAACGGCUAAAAGGAUUACGGCCGUCCAUUUCUUUCCCACGCUAA